AUGUCCAAGAACUUUGAGAUGUCAGAUCUUCAAAGAUUAACGUAUUACCUUGGCAUUGAAGUUAAGCAAGAGGAAUCGGGAAUUACUAUAAAUCAGGAAGCAUAUGAUCAACAUAUUCUAAAAGAAGUUGGUUUACAUGAUUGCAAUCCGACGCACAUUCUAAUGGAACUGAGAAAUAAAUUGUCAAAUGCCGAAGAUGAACCCGUAAUCGACCCAACACAAUAUCGAAAGCUGGUAGGAUAUCUUAGAUAUCUGUUGCAAACAAGACCCGAUAUGACAUAUGCGGUUAGAGUUGUUAACCAAUACAUGAAAAGUCCAAGAGAAUCACAUGGUGGUGCAAUGAAACACAUUCUAAGGUACUUACGAGGAACAACGGGAUACGAAAUCAUGUAUGAAAGGAUAGGGCAAAGGCGACUUAUUGGUUAUUGUGAUACUAGUCACAAUGUUGAACCGGAUGACGGAAGAAGCACAACCGGUCACAUUUUCUACUACGGUUCAUCUCCAAUUACAUGGUGUUCGCAAAAGCAAGAUAUUGUUGCUUUAUCAUCUUGCAAGGCGGAGUUCAUGGCAGCCACGAAAACUGCAUGUCAAGCAAUAUGGCUUCAAGAUUUGCUCGGAGAAAUCAUGAACAAAGCGCAAGAGAAAGUGGUUCUUAGAGUUGAUAACAAGUUGCCUAUCGAACUAACGAAGAAUUCCUUUUUUUCAUGGAAGGAGUAA